AUCUGAUGUACAAACAACAGUUACACCAGUUGUAGAAGCACGGCCAUUGAGUGAGAUCCAAGCCCUAAUGAAGAAAGAAGAAGAAGCAUUCUGGGUAUUUGCAGAAUUUAAGAAGCAAGAUUUAGAAAGUAGAUAUCCCACCAGUCUGGCUGCUGUUCCAAGCAGAUAUAAAGGAUUUGUGAUUCCGGUUGUUCCUGACAUACCACCUCCCGAAUAG